AUGAGAUCUCGCACGAGUAACAUGUUUACUAUGUUUUUAAUAUUAUUCAUAGUUCCAUUUUGUACUUCAUUAGAGAGUACUUCAUCAUUCCGAUAUGACUACAAUUACCAUUCUGAGGUGGAUGGAUGGAUGAAGCUGCAUCGAGUGCCAGCAACAUUCCACGAUGCGUGGCUACGUUGUCAUUUGGAAGGAUCUAUUCUGGCUUCACCCAUCGAUAACCACUUCGGAACAGCCAUGAAAACUGAAAUGCGGAGUAAUCGACUGAACUCGAACGGGGUAUUCACAGGGAUUCAUGGCACUUUUUCUAAAGGCGAUUUUUUCUCUACAGAAGGUAUUCCUCUAAACAAGAUGCCUCUGGAAUGGAUGCCUUCAGAGCCGGAUAACAAGAAUAACGAUGAAGACUGUAUACUGUAUGCAGCUAACGGUACCAUCGCAGAUGUAAGCUGCAAUGAAGUCCACUCAUACAUAUGUUAUAUGAAGAGAACUAAAAAUAUGUCUGUAACUGGAUGUGGAACUGUUGAUAGAGAGUACGUCUUAGAACCAGCGACUGGAAGCUGCUACAAGUUCCAUCGAGUGGCUAGGAAUUGGACCAGAGCGUUCAUGACCUGUGCGGCUGAAGGAGGUCACCUCGCGAUUAUAAAUAGUGACACUGAAGCGAAUGUUCUUAGACAAAUAUUUGCUAAGCACCCUCAAGACAGCAUAAAAUCAAACCUUCCUGGUAUUAUGAAGGAGAUCGCACACAUCGGCUUCCAUGAUUGGGGAGAAAGGGGUAUCUGGACUACAAUACAUGGAUCUUCGUUGAUAGAAACUGGUUUUGAUCUUUGGUCUGAAGGCCAACCAGAUAACGCACCGCCAGGAGAGUAUUGUGGAGGGAUGUUCCGCAACGGUCGCUUAAACGAUGUGUGGUGCCACGAGAGAGGACCUUUUAUCUGCGAAAAAUCACCAGACAGCUUAAAUGCUGACGACGAUCCCCUAAAACUUGUUUUUUUAACCGGAUCUUAUGACCUCAGACCAUACGAU